UAAACAUGGUAGCUGUGUGAGCAUUGUGAGAUUUCUUGUUUUCUGAACUUUAUACCAAAGGUGAUGGUUAACCAGGCCAGCACACGGCACUUUUACAACACAGGAUAGUCAAAGCUUCUUAAUAUUUUUCACAGGGAAUUACAUUUCGUGAACUACUAGUGUCAAUGUGUUUUAUAUGCACCGUAUUUGGUGUGAACUAGUUGACAGGAUACGGGGGACAAUCCCCCUUUCUAGUCGCCAGAUUGGAAUACGGCCUAGAUGAACUAAACACAAGAAUGGCAGACUUGCUAGAUUUAAUCGAAAGGGAAAUCCCCGAAGGGAAAAAACAAUUGCAAGAAAGUACAGACAACCUACUAAAUGUGGCAGCUUACUGUGAAGACAACUAUUUGCGGGCCCAAGACAAGCGACGGGCCUUGGAGGAGACUAAGAACUACACGACUCAGUCGUUGGCUAGCGUCGCGUACCAGAUCAACACGUUAGCAUACAACAUGCUGAAUCUGCUUGAUCUGCAAACCAAUCAGCUGGUCGAGAUGGAGUCUAGCAUUAAUCACAUUGCUCAGACUGUCGCGAUUCACAAGGAGAAGGUCGCGCGGCGCGAGAUCGGCGUGCUGACGACGAACAAGACCGCCGUGCGGCAACACAAGAUCAUCGCGCCAGCGAACCCCGAGCGACCAAUCAAGUACCAGCGUCGCCCGAUCGACUUCUCGCAGCUCGACGAGAUCGGCCACGGCGUGAAGACGUCGAGUACGAACCUGCGGACGAAGCGAAUAGGCUCGAGUUCCAGCAGUAGUCCAUUACCAGGGACUCAGCCGGCUAACGGACCCGGUCCAGCGCCGACUACAAAACCACCAACACCUCCUCAGCCACACAGGACAGCGGGUGGCAGCAUAUCCCGUGCAUCAAAGGAGUAUAGACAACCCAUCACAGUUGCCGCACCGCUGCCACCUUCAGGCUAUGCACCGAAUUACCCAAUAGCACAGCAGGCAAAGUCACAGCGGAGAAGCAACUAUGCACCGUCGCCAGUGGUCAACCCUGUUACUCCUCAGGUUGGAAUGGCAUAUCCAAUUGCACAGCAGCAACAGCAGAAAAAAGUCUAUAUGUCGGACCCAGUGCGGCCUUUCCAGAAUGACUAUAUCGACAAGAGGCAGCAAUACCGGUUACCUCCCAGAAUGAACCACAGGCCCGACAUACUGGUCAACCACGACGGCAACCCGUACAGGCAACGCGAGCAGGUGUUCCGGCAACAGGUGUCGCCCUCGCCGCCGCCUCCGCCACCGCUCCAGCAGCAGGAGAGUCACUACAGGCAGAGCUACCAACAGGGGGUGCCGCAGACUCCCCCUCCUCCACCGAUGUCGCCCGCGACGUACGGAAACAACCACGGAAACGUGUCACCUCCCCUGCCGCCUCCACCAGAGGAGCAGGUGUUUAACUACGAUGACUAUGAUCACGGCUUCGAUCAUCACCAGCAAGCACCAGGCAACUACAUGCGUCAGGGGAGCCAGCUGGAUGGCCAGCCCGACUGGAUACCGAAAUCCUACCUGGAAAAGGUGAUAGCGAUCUACGACUACAUCGCGGACAAGGACGACGAGCUGAGCUUCUCGGAGAACGCCGUCAUCUACGUGAUCAAGAAGAACGACGACGGCUGGUACGAGGGCAUCUGCGACGGCAGCGUCGGACUCUUCCCCGGAAACUACGUCGAGCCCUGCCUGUAGGUGGCAGCACGGUCACCGUACGGCCACCCUCGUGGCGCCCUGUCCGUAGGCGGCAGCACGGUCACGCCGUGUCCACCCUAGUGAAACCCUGCCGGUAUGUGGCGCCAUCUGUGCAUGCACGUCGCUGCCACCCUUGUUUGCCAAGCCGCCGCGUACGCUUCAAGUGCGCUGGAAGUCUAGUAUACAGUGAUACCACAACCUUAUGGGGACGCGUUGCACCAGAGCGAGUGGGGCUGGAGUAGUAAUCGUAACAGAGUGGCCAUACACGUGGAAAUUUCUGUUGUAUGAGUCGGCUCACUUCCGCCCAUCUGAUUGCUUACACCUUGCGGAUUAGUUUGUGCGCACGUUGGGUGGCCGCGCGAUGCUGUGUUGCUAUGCAGGGGGCAGUGACGGGGUGGAGAGACGAUAGCGGCGGUGUCGCUGGAUGCUUUUUAUUUUGAGGACGGUGUCGGUGUAUUGACGGGGCCGUCUUCAUUUUGUUAUCUGUUUUCUCGCAGAGUGCGAGGACUGUUAUGUAUAUAAAUAUCCGACUGCGUGUUUAUGCGGGCUGGAGUAUAAAUGAGUAGAGUAGAUUGUAAGACUAAUCUGUAGUUCACUGUACACAAAAGAGUGUCGCCUGGAUGCCUUACCCAUGUGUCUGCGUGUGUACCAGUGUGUGUGUGUCUGUGAGUGUGUGUACAAGCAUGUGUGUGUGUGCGUGUGCAUGAGCGCGUGCGUGUGUGCGUGUGUGCGUGUAGAGAAAGAGAAUGAACAGGACCCCAGACUCUGUACUACCACCAUCAUAUGCGUAUGUGAAGUACUUGUCCAGAAGGUACUUGCAUAGCAUCUCGAACAGGGUGUCGGAAGUGUGCGGGCAGCACAGGUAGGUUUGUGUUUAGAACUGAAUUCUGUUAACUGCACACUGUUUGUGGGGGGAGAGGUAAGGGUGACUCGCAGUAGAGAGCUACAGUCCCGCAGAUGAAGUAUACAGCAUCUAGUAUCAUGAAGAAUUAAAAUCUAAUGGUUUCGGUGCAGUAUUCCUAAGUUCUUGGUUUCGAACGUUAACACUGCGUUACGUAAAAGUAAAUUGGUAGAAUUAUUAGUUAUUUAUGGUGCAAGUUAUUUACCUGUUAUAUCUGUUGAAUGAAAUUCUCUUGGCUCGUAUAUGUCUAGUACAUAUUUAAACACGUGCUUGACUGCACAAUAUACCGCAUACCACAUAUUGGUACGAUGUAACAUGUAACAUGGACAUGUUUUUCAGGUCAUUGUGGUUUCGUAUACUGUGCACGCUGUGCAGGAAAUACUACUGCUCUCUGGAUGAUAACCAAAUAAUGUUAUGUGUAAGCUCUACUCGUACAGAUUACGAAACGCAGAGUAAAAGAGAAUAUGUAGACGAGUUGUGCAUCUGAGCAACGACAACAUACUUUCAGGUCAUGAUGAUUGCGACCUAAAUUAUCAACUUACUUUCAUAUACGCGUGUAUAGGACAGCCAACUGUGGUCGGGUUGAAGAUGGGUGUAAAACGUUUUCCUAGUGCGUUGCCAAGGACGUUCGACUGUGUGCCAAGAGCAUAUGCCUGCUCGGCUAUGUAUAUUUUGCAGUAGAAGCAAAACGUGCACGUUGCGGUUGCGAUUGUGUAAAUACAAGUAUGUGUAUCAUCACACUCGCGAUGUGUGUGGUGAGCUGUGCAUCCUGCCAGCGGUAAAUGCAGUGAGCGUAUUAUCAACAGUAACUUCAACAAGAGAAUUAAUCUUACGCUUACUCCAGUAAUGUGCUCUGUAAUCAGGUAUACGAUGACUGACCAUUCUCUUGCUAUACGAAUUGUUUGUAUAUACACUAUCAUGGCUAUUUUAUUUUGUACGUGAAUAUCCAUGGGUCCGGUUAGUACCCUCCUGUUUGACGGAUCACAUGAACGGUCUCUUUGUCUCUCAGUGCAGAGAUUCUUCUAAGCAUAUGGUCGACAAAAACGUGUGGCAGUAGUGAUAACCCAAAGCUAUCAAUCUAAGGCCAAGUGCGUGUCAAUAAGGCAGUAGUAAAGUAGUAAGGAGGGCACAUAGUAGGCUUGCCCCUACUGUGCAGCAGCAGUGUAACUGCAUAACGAUGCCAACUCGUGUUUUUAUGACAGAAGAAACCUUUUUCUCCAGAUGAGUAACUAAUACCAGCUUUUGAAGCCAAGAACUUUGAUGUGUUAUAUUUUACGAAAGCGUAAAACCAAGGAAUGGUUAGAUGAGUUCUGCAAUCAACGUGUAGGGAAUGAAAAAACGUUAGGAGUGAUAUGUAUAGGUACAUUCUACAAACCAAAAUAGCCAUCACAUUAAAAAACUGCAGCUAAAUAUAAAUAGCAAAUUAUGUAUACUAAGAGAUAUGUCCUUUAUAAUUUUUCGAAUCGAUGAGUUGUAACGAGACGCAAUGUUUGAUGCUGAUUGUGGCAUGUACAUUGAUUACAUUGCAGAUAUCAGUUACGCUAAUGCAAGGCAAUAUAUAAUGUGUUCUAUGUAUUAUUCAUGCAGAUUUGUAGAAGCACCGAUUGCUUGGUGGUAGUGAACAAACCAUGUAAUGCAUCCCAAUUAUUUUUUAAAUUCAUGGAUUUCAAGUUUAAAUAAAUGUUAGCCAUUUA